AUGCUGGCACACUCUAAGGGUUUGCUGAUUAGGAGGAUGGUUGACGCGGGGAUGACUAUUCCGGAAAAGAACAUCGCUGCACUUCAGAGUGUUAGAGUGGAUGCGGAGGAGAUGGUUCGGUACGUUGUUGACAGGCGGCUCAAUGAUUUGGACGCCGAUAUCUGCAUCUUAACAAGCCAGGUUCGCGAGUACGGCGUAGCAGUAGGGAGAGUAGGAGAGGCGGUCAACCAAAUAGCUGGAGCCUCCGCAGGGAGUGAUGCGGUAGCCCGCAAACUGCAGCAGGAGAUCACCGGUAUGACGAUGCAGAUCGGUAAUCGGGUCGCAUGUGGAGCGUCUGUGGCAAAGUCGGCGCGCCAUCAAGACAAGAUGGAGGCUGCCACUCGAAAGCUGGAGACCAUCGGGGAACAUGGGGCGGAGGAAAAGGAGAAGGAUGCAGCUGAGGCGUUUGCCGCUGCGGCGGUGGUGUUGCGUCGUGCAUCUCGACCACGGGGUCGAAUCAUUCAGCUUAGCAUGAAGGACCGGGCCAUUAUUGACCCCAUGAAGGUCAGUGAAGGUGAGGCGCUUCUUCGUGCCAGGGCCUGGCACAAGUGGCGGUCCUGGCGCAGUGAGCUGUAUCCAUCGAGGCAGUUGUCUGGUUAUUUUGAGCGUAUCUCCCCUCCGCGCACAGAAGCGCGUGCUGGGGAAGACGCUGCUGUGAGUGUGGGACUAGCAGGGGACGAGACUCCUGAGGUUAAUGGGGUCGAGGGUGCUGAACUUGAAGCCAGCGAGGACUCUGAUGCGUGGGCAUUGUUUGAGGACCAACAGUAG